ACCACCAAUCCACCAUAGCCACAACUCUCAAUGGCUCACACGCCAACUCUCGUGUUUCUAUUCUCUCUUUACCUCUUCAAUAUCGUCACAAACUUCCCUUCACUCGCAAACGCUCUUUCCACUUGCUACGGACCAUGCACCACCGAAGGCGGUGGAGGAGGUAGCGGCGGCGGAAACUGCGAACCCUCCGGCUCCCUGAACUGCAUGGAAGGAUCAUUUCCUCAAUACACGUGCUCUCCGCCAGUUUCGUCGUCCACCCAAGCCAUUCUCACUCACAACAAUUUCAGCGAAGGUGGGGACGGAGGGGAUCCCUCUAAGUGUGACGGGCAGUACCACGACAACUCCGAGCUCGUGGUGGCACUUUCCACCGGGUGGUACAACAACGACUCGAGGUGUUCGAAUACGAUUAGAAUAACGGCGGCUAAGAACGGGAGGAGCGUGACGGCGAAGGUGGUUGACGAGUGUGACUCCGUUAACGGUUGUGACAAGGAGCACGCGAAUCAACCACCGUGUCGUAACAACAUCGUGGAUGGGUCACAGGCCGUGUGGGACGCGCUCGGGCUUGAUGGGGGCGAGGAUGAGGGCGAGGAGAACGUGACUUGGUCCAUGGCUUAAAAUUUGAUUAACCACGCCACGUACGAGGAUUAAUUAAUAAGGACAGGCAUAUUUAUAGCUUAAUGCUAAUUGCUUGCUUUUAUUUUGUUUUUCUAAAGUAAAGAACGAAAUAGACGAGAAUGCUCUUCUCGCUUUCAUAUUUAACAAUUAAAUAAAAUAAUUUUAUCACUUUG